CAUUCUUUUGAGUUUAUUCAUUUUUUUUGUACAGAUAAACUGGAAUGGAGAUGAUACACUGAUCUUCAUACCAAAGCGGGAGCAAAGUAGAGAAGAGCUGAUUCGUAUGCGCAAGUUCAGUAGGGAAGUAGUGGACCUCCUUUCCAGUCAGCCUCGCUACCGCAUUCUCUUCUCAAAGUUCAUCCCAACUUAUCACCAUCACUUUGGACGUCAGUGUCGAGUUGGUGACUAUGGCUUUAAUAAACUUCUAGAAUUGUUUGAGGCAAUGGAGGAUGUUAUUCAGGUUGAAGAACAAGGAGAUGAGCGUGUGGUCAUUUUGACUACUGAGGAACAGCUGGCACUCAUAGCUCGUCAUACUUCAGAAAUGUUACAGAGGAAUCGCCUACAUCUCAUUAACUUAGAUACAUUUAAUGAGAUGUAUACAAGAUGUUACAUGUAUCCAAUCUACAUGAAGGACUAUCAUACCAAGAAUAUGCAAGAGUUGAUGGCUAGAUUUCCACAUGUAGUUGAGAUUGUAAGUGAUGGUUCUAAACACCAUCUGCAUCUGGUAGAGAAUAUGCACUUAAGCCAGUUGACACAGCAGAUAUUAGUGGUACUACUGGAAUCUGAUGAUGGACGUCUAGCUAUCAAGGAUGUUAGCGUAGCUUACCAUAGUGUUUGGGGCCAAGAAUUGAUUCCCAUUGAGUAUGGACAUAGCAGACUGGUCACACUCAUGAAAAUGCUUCACUAUGUUCUCAUGGUUCAGAAUGAAUGGUUGGAUGAAUGCUACAUAGAACUAACUCCUGCCCAUCAGUUUGCACGUCAAGCCCGCAAUGUCCUGAUUGCAGACAAUCGUUUGAGCAUGACAUUUCAGGAGUUGGUUGCUAAAUAUCACAAAUUGCAUGGAGUACAACUACAGCCGGCCAACUUUGGACACAGUGCACUAACUUCUCUGAUUGACACAGUACCACGGGUUCUGUCGGUGGUCAACAAAGGAGCCAAGAGAGCUGUCACUCUUAAUCCAAGCUGCUUAGUUCCUGGUGUGCAGACAGAUACAGGCAAGACACACUCAUUGAGACGACUGAGUGAUCAGAGAAUAUCCUUCAUGAAAGUGGAGGCCACAGGACCAUCCUAUGAAUAUAGUGAUAGAAAAUCAUCCACCUACGCAGAUGCUGCAGUUACUCUACCAGCUGUGAAGACACGACCAGCAUCAGGAACAUCUCUUAAUUUCAACAGGGAAGAGAAUCUAACACCACCAGAGAAACCAGAGAAUGAUGUUGUGGGUAGGAAACUGAACACUCCUGAUAUUUCGAAGGCCCCAAGACAAAUGGUAAAUAGGAACAGAGGGCGCUGUCAGCUUGCUGCCAAUUUUUCAGUGAAAGAAUGUAACUAGUUUCAUUGUUUGAACACAAUCUUGAUAUAUUGAGGGUAACAAUAAAUCUUCACAUAUAUUGGUACUUUUACCUUUUUUGAUUUGGCAGGCAUAUGGCAGACUGUUUGCCUCGACAUGAAAAUGUUCGAAUUUUGCAAAUGCCAGUUGUGGUUUAUUCUACUAGCACUCAGUUUCUAUUUUAAGAUGGUGCACAGUGUCUGGAGUAAUGUUUCCCUCGGACUGCGAUGAUUUGAACGUCAAGUGGGGGGGGGGUGUUGUUCAAGUUACAUUUCUUCUUUCUUCCUAUGUCAUGCAGUGGCGCACCCAGGAUUUGGUUUUGGGGGGGGCUCAAAAAAUUUUUUUUUACAAAUUUGUUUAAAUUUGAAUUUUUUUCAAAAACUUUCGCCCAAAAUAUUUGGCCGCAUAAAAAAAAAUGU